UUGUCUGGAUAGGGACGAGGAUGGAUUCCUGUAUGUCAGCUACUCAGGGGAGAACACGUUCGGCCUGCAACUGCAAUGAAGGAGUAUCGCUUUAUUCCCCCGCACGCUUGUUCAGUCGCAGCCCUACGGCCUCCUCGUGCACUCUCACAGCAUGGACGUUGUGUGUUGACGGAAGGUGCUGCAAAGUGUAGUCUCGAUUUUCACUCAUUCGAUAUCUUGCCCCGAAUCGUCGUCCUUCUGUUGUCCUCUUUGUGUUCUAUCCUCUUCCAGGCUAUCAGUCUCGCGCUCGAGCUUUCCUGCCUUGCCUAAAUAUUGGUAUACAGGAAUCUCGUUGUAUUUAUAUAAUUCGGUCGGCAUCUACCAUCUCAGCAGAAUGCAAUGCGAAUGUGUAUAUAUAUAUACCCUUGCGUUUUCGCCUUCGGCUGACACCCGAUCGGCCAAUCUCCAGGAUACG